CAGAGAGAAAUAAAAUCGAACCGGGAUGAGAAGUGAGAAGUGAAGAUAUCGAUAUGGCUGUUAUUGCUUCACUUCAUCUUCAACCUCUCUCGUCUUUCUCGUCGUCGUCUUCUCCUCCUCCUUCAAGCUCUAAACCUCUCUAUCUCAAAUUCCAAACCUCGCACCGUGAAAAUCUAAGGCACCUUUCUUCUCUCGGAAUUGUUCCUCAGAAUCCCCGACUUGCUCCUCCGGCGAAUGAUCUUCCCGUUAUCUUCUCCGCCGUGAACUUCCUCAAAUCUAAAGGAAUCUCCGACGAAGAUUUCCCACGACUCGUAUUCCUCUGUCCACAGCUCUUCUCUCCCACUUUCGACAUUUCUAAAAUCGAUCCCGUCUUCGAUUUUCUCACCGGCGAGCUUGGAGCUUCCGUAGAAGAAUCCAGGGGCUUAAUCGUAAAUUGCCCGAACAUUCUCCUCUCCGACGUAGAGUAUUGCUUGAGACCGACGCUUGUUUACCUUAAGGAGCUAGGUUUACGGAAUCUGAACCGAGCGAGCAAGACGAACGCGCACGUGCUGAACACGAGAGUUGAGAAGCUAAGAGCUAAGAUGAGAUUCUUGAAGAGUAUAGGAUUCGAACACGAAGAAGCAGCUAGAGUCUGUGGGAGAAUCCCGGCGAUAUUUGGAUACAGUGUUGACGAUAACUUGAGGCCCAAGUUCGAGUUUCUGGUUUACGACAUGGAAAGAGAACUUGAAGAGCUCAAGAAGUUUCCUCAGUAUUUUGGGUUUAGCUUGGGGAAGAGGAUAAAGCCAAGACAUUGGCAUUUGAAGAAGAAGAACGUUAGGGUUUCGCUUAGUAGAAUGUUAAUGUGGGGUGAUCAAAAAUUCUACUCCAAAUGGAAGCCAUAAGAACAGAGUUACUCUUCCCCUGCUUUCACUUUUAAUAUAUGUUUAUAUUCAGA